UGGGCCGCCAAGAUUCACACAGAACGAGGCACGACCAAAAUUCAGGUGCGCUUUCCUAAUUCGUCGCCAUAGUCAAGUUCAAGUUUCGCACCCUUCUCUUCUUCAAUUUCAACUUCCGUCCCUUUGAGUUCGACACCUCCGGCCCCUCGAGUUCGACAUCUACCGUUUGCAUCAGUUCACACGAGGACAGAUCGCAAACAUGGCUGUCGGCAAGAACAAGCGUCUCAGUAAAUCGAAGAAGGGUACGAAGAAGAGGACCCAAGAUCCCUUCACCCGGAAGGACUGGUACAGCAUCGCGGCCCCUUCGACUUUCAACACGAGAGAUGUCGGCAAGACCCUGGUCAACCGCUCGACUGGUUUGAAGUCGGCCAACGAUGCACUCAAAGGACGGAUCAUCGAAGUCAGCUUGGCUGACUUGCAGAACGACGAAGACCACUCUUUCCGCAAGGUCAAACUGAGAGUGGACGAGGUCCAGGGCAAGAAGUGCCUGACCAACUUCCACGGACUCGACUUCACCUCGGACAAGCUGCGCUCGCUUGUGCGCAAGUGGCAGACCUUGAUCGAGGCCAACGUUACCGUCAAGACCACUGACGACUACUUGAUCCGCCUGUUCGCCAUUGCCUUCACCAAGCGCCGCCCCAACCAGAUCAAGAAGACCACAUACGCCCAAUCGUCGCAGAUCCGCGCCAUUCGCAAGAAGAUGACCGACAUCAUCCAACGUGAGGCCACCUCCGUCACUCUCGCCCAACUCACCGGCAAGCUCAUCCCCGAGGUCAUUGGCCGCGAGAUCGAGAAGACCACCCAGGGCAUCUACCCGCUCCAGAACGUCCACAUCCGCAAGGUCAAGCUGUUGAAGGCACCCAAGUUCGAUCUCGGCGCUCUGCUCGCCCUCCACGGCGAGAGCGGUGAGAACGAUGCUGGCCAGAAGGUCGAGAGGGAAUUCAAGGAGCCUGCGCCUUUGGAGAGCGUUUAGAUUUGAUAAUGGUUAGGCUUGCUGGUUGAUGGGUGUGGUUUGUUAUGAUGCAAACCUGGACAUUCAUGGGUGCACAAAACAAAGGUUGAAGGAGAAGUCGAUGGCCCCUGCUUCUGAGGAGACACAAGCACUUCCAGAGCAGAUCAACUCCGGCGCAGUGGAGGAAGCUCACGGCAUGGAGAUCGAUGUUGGCCAGUCUUCCGCUGGCUGUUUUCUGUGAGAUGCCUCAUGGCGGUGAUCAAAAAAGAUACAUCAUCGGCCUGGGCAUGGGUUAUGCUAGUUGAUCAUAAUCAAGCCUGGGCCAUAGCAUAGCAUGUUACCAAAACACCCAAAUUGAACGUUUGAAUGAAAAAGAUGUGCUCUCA